UCCGCCGCAGCGAGGAAUGCCACGUGUGCGCCAGCCGCAGCUGCCGCCACACACAAAGACCGCUGCAGCCGCCGUCACAGUCGGUGUCCCCUCCCGACCUGCCUCGCGCGACCGCGGCGUGUCGCACACUGUGCAUCCUGUACGUGCGGAGGCAGUGAAAUAUCCUCUGGGAGUGAUCGUUCAAAUCUACGCUGCUUCUGAGACGCGCCACCGGACGAACUAGAAAAUGUAUACACUUCUGACAAAGGAGCAGCGUGAGGUGGAAGAAAAUAAUAAUGAUAGCAAAGACAAGGACACCAACGACGAGGACGUUGGUGGGUACGACAGCAACAAUAGCAACGAGUACCGACACGAAGGGAGUAACAACGAAGAUGACGACAAUCAGGACCCACUGCUGGAUGUCAGAAUGGGAAGGGAGCACAAGAAGAGACAACCAUGGCACAUGUUCCUGCUUCUGGCUCUUGUGAAAAUUCCCUCUGCCUGGCAGAUGGCCAGCAUUCUCGUGAUUGGUCCAGAUAAACGUCCUGGAACUUACUGGUGUAGUUCAGGACAACUUUCACCUGAGGAUAUACUGAAAGACCCAUGCAGCACUUAUUUAAUAUCUGACAUGUUGCCAAUCAGCACAGUAAAUUUUACAGAAAAUGUAGAAGUUUCACCCUGUGGAUAUACUGAGUUUCCUGUGGAUCAUUACCACACAUUCAGUCAGGAUCCAAUGAAUAGUUCGCAUGGUGGUGUGCAUAACUUGACUAAUAUGGGACAGACUCCUCCUGCAUACUUUUCUAAGAAUGAAGACACAGUAUUCUAUGACAAACCAGGUAUACCCAGUGAUAACUACAAUAUUACUGAUCAGGGAACAAGAAGACAACCCUGCAAAUCCAGUAUAGACUCAAAUGCAACAUUAAUGUCAUCUUAUGAAGCCCGUGAUAGCAAACUGAUAGCAGCCUGUGAGCAUUUUGAAUUUUCUGAUGGCUUCUACAGCAUAAUUGAUCAGUGGCAGCUUGUAUGUAAAAGGAAGAUGUUGGUACCAACAUCUCAGUUAUUCUACCUGCUGGGAGUUUUGUUUGGCGGAAUCCUUUUUAAAUAUUUAAGCCAAGUAUGGUCACCUCGUCUGAUUCUCAUUGGAGGAAUGAUAGUACAAAUUAUUUCUGGUGUUGGUGUUGCAGUUUCUCCAUAUUUCACUCUACAUUGUGCACUCCGCUUUGUCACUGCUCUUGCUUGCACACAAAUGUUCACUGCUGGCUACAACAUCUGCACAUCAUUAAUGGAAGGGAAAGCAAGAACAGUGGCUGGAUGUUGCUAUGAACAUCUUUGGUCUGUUGGUGUCAUAACACUAGCAUGUAUUGCAGGCCUUUGUAGAGACUGGCGUCAUUUGCAGCUUGCUAUCUCAUUACCAACUGUUCUCAUUCUCUUACUCUUCAGAUACAUUCCAGAAAGUCCUGAAUGGAAGCCUGAGAAGAAACUAAGGAAGAAGAAACAAAUACCAUUUGAAGAUGAUGGUCUGAAAACAGAUAAAACUACUAAUGAAAUACAUGCAAAUUUAGGAGGAAGAGUGGGGAAAAUUAAGGCUCCACACCAGUCUCUGCUUAAGGAAUCAACACAGAAGGUUAAGUACAUUGGUCUUCAUGCUGCAUGGGCCUUCACUGUUGUAACAUACUAUGGAGGUUUAUUGAACACAAAAAAUUUAGGCCCAGAUUUGUUUCUUAAUAUAGCCACAGCUGGUGUAGCUGAAGUUGCGGGAGCACUCACAGCACUUAUAAUUCUAUUAAGAAAGUCUAGGAUAUGGCUGUCACUGGGAAUCGUUAAUAUAGUCGGUGGACUGUGUUGCUUUUUGACAUGGGCCUUACCAGAAGAUUUACAACAGUGGUACCCAUACCUGUUAUUUCUGGCUAUGAUGGGAAGAAUUGCUAUAGCCUGUUCUCUCACAAUCUUAACAGUGGCCUCAGGAAAUCAGUUCACACCUGCAUGCAAGGCACAAGGUGUUUUCACUUGUGUGACAGUUUCACGGAUCUUUCUCCAGCAAGCACCAUUUGUUGGAACUCUGGCAGUAUAUGGAGAAAGGGUUUCACUGAGUGUGUUUGGGCUCUAUACUUUCUUAGCAGGAAUUUCUGCUUUGACGCAGACUAUGAAGACCGAAGAAAUCGAGAAAGUUGGAAGAGGUAAAAACAGUUACGAGUUGGGUAAUUCCACACAUCAGAUGAAGGAUGAUGGAUAUCAUGAUGUGUAAUACCUCACUUCCCCAAAACAUUGUAUUACACAGUUAAUUCUCUAAAGAGUGAACUAAAAAUGCUGAUCAGCAAAUCUAAGAAAAGUGCACUGAAUGGACAGGAUAUUGAUGCAGCCAACUGACUGAGGGAUUUAUGAAGUUGCUGACUGAAAGUGGUGCAAAUGAUUUUUGCAAGUCAGAUUAUCUAGUCGCCUUAACAGUAUUUGCAGACACUGACAACUGGAAGAAAUGGAACAAAUCUUAGACCAUAGGAUAAUUUUGCACAAUAAAUCUAUUUAUUUACUAAAUUGUA